AUGGUGUCUGACAGUAGAAGAAGUUGCAGACCUGCAAUGCCAAUGUUGGUUUCUUCUCUUCCAACAACAAUGGUUUUACUACUAUUACUUCUGUUGGUAUGCGCAAUAGAUGGAGGUUUAACAAGCGCUUCAUGCCUCAACAACGAAGCCUCCAUCCUGCUGCGAAUCAAGGAGGACCUUCACUUGUCCAAUGGAAGACUAAGCUCAUGGGAUUCAAAUGGUUCAGACUGCUGCAUGUGGGAGGGAGUGUAUUGUGAUCCUCACACUGGACACAUCAUUGGCCUUCAACUUCGUGGUAGCCCCACAACUGAGAGUAUUCCCCAUGUUAUUAUGGAUAUUGAUGAUGUGUAUGAAAGCUUUCGAAAAGAGCACUAUGUCGACCCCCGUGAUAUCACAGGAUCAAGAGUACCUGCUUCUCUCUUUGAGCUCCACCAACUCCAGCAUCUUGACCUCAGUGGUUGUGACUUCAAUGGGUCUGCCAUACCUCCAGAACUCACCCAACUGACCCACUUGACUCAUCUCAAUCUCUCUCGUGCUUGGUUUUCAGGUCAGGUUCCAAACGAACUAUCAAUCAUGUCUGACUUAGUUUCCUUAGACCUCUCCUACAUUUCGUACUUCUAUUUUGAUGUCUCUCUUGAGUCGUGGCCAUUUGAUGAUUCGUUUGAGUUGAAACUACAUGAUUUAGAAGGCUUUGUGCAGAACUUUAGGCAUUUAAAGUACCUCCACUUGGAUUAUGUUCGUAUUGAGCUGAGCAACUCGCAAAAGUGGAGUAUCAACCUAGCCUCCGCAUUGCCCAAUCUACGAUCCCUUAGUUUAGUCAAUUGUGAUCUUCAUGGCAGCCUCUCUCCUCAUAUUUUCAAGCUCCCACAUCUUCAAGCCCUUGAUCUAUCAUACAAUAUGGAUUUAGAUGGAAAAUUAAUGCCAUCAUCUUUUACCCCAGAGAGCAAUCUCCAAUCUCUACGCCUUGCUUCGACCAACUUGUCUGGCCACCUACCAUCAGAAGUGUUUGAGCUUCCACUCUUAAAGGUUCUUGAUUUGACCUAUAGUACUGAGUUGACUGGCCUAUUGCAUAUCGGAUUAGCAAAGAGUAAGCUCCAAAUUCUUAAACUCUCUCAUAUCAUGUUGUCAGGAGGCCUACCUGAUUGGAUUGGAAACCUUACAUCCUUAGUUGAGCUAGAUCUCUCUCUUACUGGUCUCUCUGGUAGCUUACCCAUCACCAUUGGUAAUCUUAGAUGCUUAACGUCUUUGGAUCUUUCUUCUACAAGUUUGUCAGGCAUCCUUCCAGCUACAAUAGGAAAUCUUACAGCUUUAACACACAUGUAUCUUUCUGGUACUAGUUUCUCCGGUCAUCUUCCUAUCACAAUGGAAAAUCUUACGGCUUUAACACACCUAGAUCUUAGUGGAACUAAUAUGUCAAGCAGUCUUCCUAUUACCAUAAGAAGCCUUAGCGCCUUAAACUAUUUAGACUUGAGUGGUUGCAACUUUACAGGCAUAGAUUCAUCAUUCUUUGUCAACCUCACCCAACUAACUUAUCUUGACCUUUCUAAUAACAUGAUCAGUGGCUCAUUACCAUCUUUACCACAAUAUCUUAGUACCAUCCACCUCGGCUCUAAUAAUUUUAGUGGCGCAAUCCCAAAUUCAUAUAAUUUUUUAAAGAUUAAGACAUUAGACCUUUCGUCCAACUCAUUGACAGGAACCAUUCCUUCUAAUCUAAUCCCUGGUCCAUCUUCAGUGGAAUCUUCACUUCAAUACCUUGACCUUUCAUACAAUAAAUUUGAUGGCUACCUUGACCUUGGAAUUUUUGCAAACUUCAAGAAACUUUACUUCUUAUCACUUUCUGGAAACAACUUGACCAUAGAUGUUCACAACCCAACCCUCAAGUUUGCAAGUUUACAGCAUCUGAGGUUGGCCUCGUGCAACGUCAACCAAUUCCCCCAAUUCCUUUGUCACCAUAAACCUAUUCAGACUUUGGACCUCUCAAAGAACAUGAUCACUGGGGAAAUUCCAAAUUGGUUGAAUAUUGCCAUGUCUUUGAACAUAUCUCACAACAUGUUAUCAAGCAUCGGACAAGGGGUUUUUCUCAACAUUGAUGACAUUGAUUUGAGCUUCAACAUGUUGAAUUGCAAUUUAAGCGCUCUUUUCCCUGGCACAAGUUCCUUUGACAGUAUUGAUUACUUUUCAAUCAGUAACAAUAAUGUAACAGGAGAAGUGCCAGCUUCCCUCUGUAGCUUCACUAUGGUUUCGUUGCUUGACCUGUCAAACAAUAUGCUUAGUGGUGCAAUACCUGAUUGCCUCUUUAAGUUGACUUCAUUGGUGGAAGUCAAGCUCCAAAACAAUAAACUGCAAGGCCAAAUCCCAGAGUUUAGCAAUUGUGCGAGGAAUAGAUUGAGUAUAUUUGAUCUAAGUGAUAAUAUGCUUGAGGGUGACAUCCCCACAUCCCUUGGGUACUGCAAAGAUGUUGAGUUCAUAAAUUUGGGACAUAAUAAAGUAAGUGGUGAAUUCCCCUCUUGGCUUGGAAAACUGCCUAAAUUGAAAGUUCUUGUGUUGAGGUCCAACUUUUUAAGUGGUACUAUCAACUUCAACUUCGAUCAGAAUGCUUUCCAAGAACUGCUCAUAUUUGAUGUCUCUAUCAACAAAUUCACAGGAAAACUUCCAUUCGGCUUGUUGUUAAGCUUAAAUGCAAUGAAGACAUUCAACUCCAAAUCUAGCAUCCCCAAGGAAUUCAUAUUAGUUGACUAUGUUAAAGAAUGGGAGGUGACAAUGGAUGCCAAAGGAAUAAACUUGACGUACUUGAGGGAAAUGCACUCCAUCAUGAAGAUAAUUGAUCUCUCCAGCAACUACUUUGAGGGUGAGAUUUCAGAAGAGAUUGGAGUUCUUAGUGGCCUUCAGGCACUAAAAAUUUCAAGGAACAAACUCAAAGGCCCAAUACCCAAGAGCAUCGGGGCCCUAAAACAUCUGGAAUCAUUGGAUCUAUCUGAUAACUACCUUUCAGGUGAAAUACCAGAAGAAGUUAUUGCACUCAAUUCUCUUGGCUACCUGAAUCUGUCGUACAAUAAUCUUUCUGGAAGAAUCCCUCAAUCACAACAUUUUUCUACCUUUGAUGCUCCAUGUUUUGAAGGGAAUCCAAGUCUUUGCGGACCGCCACUUUCACUUCCUUGUGAAGACAAUGACAGCACCACAGUGUUUCCUCUUUUUGGAUUGAGGCAAACAGAUGAAGAGAGAAUGUGGAAAUACAUAUCAUUGGGACUAGGUUUUGGAGUAGGUUUUGGCACCGCAAUCAGUUUUUCAUUUUUCUUGAAUAACGAGAGGGACUUCGAUUGGAGAAUCUAGAGGGCAACAGAGGUUUUCAGAUGGCUAAUUCUCAUUCUUGUUGUUGCAAUGCCUCUGGCUCAUGAAGUUUCAGAAAAUAUAGUUGUCCACUCGUUCAUUGUAAAGAUCAACUUUGUGUUUUGUAGUCAUCUCUUAGUUA